AUUUUUCAUUUUUUUCCAUAUUUAGAAAAGUAAUCGGUUACGUUCAGCAUAUUCGUUUUUGAUCGUAAUGUAAUCUGACUCCCAGAACAAAUUCUCCGUUCAGGAUAAUCUCUGCAAUGCGAAUCGCUCUCCAAUUUAGGGCUGAUCGAGCUGAUCGAAAGAAUGAAAUGCGCUGCCAAGUGAGUUUGACUCUCUGAAAUCAUUGGUUGGGGUGCGUGUUUCUUGCUCUUUCGCUUCGGAUUUGCGUUGGUAAUGCGGCUUGUGUGCUGGUGGCCCAUCUGAGAUUGUCAGGAUGAGCGAGGUUUCGGGUUAGGCGUGGGCGGAUUUCGAUGUGCUGAUGAUGAGAUCAUGGGACUUUGUGCUGGUAUUUGGUGGUUGACAUGUUAUAGUUGCAGCUGGUUUUCAAAUUUUGGAUGAUGCGGUCUUUCUCCCCUCAUCAGUGAAGUUCUGAUUUUGUGAAAUAAAUGUGGUGAGUAUCUUGAGCUAACUCACGGAAUGGGACGUGCUGGCCUUUUGGGAACGAUUUCCUUCCAUGUGAGUUGGAAAUAACUAGAAACUAUUUCGAUAUUCUUGCAUGUCAAGGUUUCUAGUGAAAUUAGUAGCUUCAGUUAUCAGGAAGGUUGAAAGAGAAGUACCGUGAAACAAAACGCUGUAAUGGAUAAGUUAGAAUUGAGAGAUAGCGAGCCGGAAAUCGAUCUUGAAAGCGGUGGGGGCACCAGUGAAGAAGAUGGAAGUACAGAACUUGCUUCGGUAAAAAAUUCACGAACGAACAAGCGUCUCAAAAGGUCUUUGGGUGGGAGCUUAAGUAUAGACAGAUCAAUCAAAAGCAAGCCAGAAUGCAGUGUAGAAUUGUGCAGCACUUCUUCUGUUGUUGAGGUUCCAAAUGAGAAUCUAGAAGUGUUGGUGGACAGGAAAUCAAGAGAAAGUGGCCAAGAAAAUGUUCCCUUCCUGGACAAGAAAUAUGUGAAGGAAAAACGACACACCACAAAUUCAAGAAAACCUCCCAAGCCACCAAGACCACCAAAAGGUCCGGCUUUAGAUGCUGCUGACCAGAAGUUUGUCAAGGACAUUGCAGAGGUGGCUAUGAGAAAGCGCACACGAAUCGAGCGGAUAAAAGCUCUGAGGAAGAAUAAAGCAGCCAAUUUAUCUGCAUCGUCUUCAAGCAGCAGCCUCACUGCCAUGAUAAUUACUCUUCUUUUCUUUGUAAUCAUUGUCUUUCAAGGAAUACGCUCCAAGAGCAUAGUUGGCUUCCAGGAUUCCCCUGAGCCAGCACUUACCACCAAUGAAGAGCUGAUGUCAGUUCAACAUAAUAAUAACCUGGCUUCCCAUUUUGGCAGACGGACACGAUUCUAGUUCGAUCUCCGGAGAGGGAGGUAAAUGUGUGGAAUGACUACAUUAUUUGUAAAUGUCAGUUCCAUGUGACUUUCGCUGGGAAGAAUGUCAUUUGUACUGAUGUACCAAUGAAAUAGAGGCAUGGAUCAAUUACCAAGAUUCGAAGGGGAAAAGAUCCGAGAAACGGGCAGGCAGGAUCAGAAGUUGUUUGGUCACUAUGAUGGAAGUAGGAUUCUAACGCCAGCUUGGUUAGAGUUUACAGAUAACAGGAUUGUACAAAUGCCUAGGAUUCAACAAAGCUGCUAUUGAGUGCAAGUUUUUGGUGCCCUGAUCUUUUGCACAUUUGGCCUUCCUCUUUAUAUUUAUUACCUAUUACCAAAAAAAAAAAAAAAAAAAACAAAGCUGCUAUUAUAAGGGUUAAGUGCACAUUUCGAAAUUCAAAGGGAUGUGCUGCAAUUUUUUCCUUAAAA